AUGAUUGUAAAGAUGUUGUUUUAAGUCAAAUUGGGGAUGAUUGUUAUCAUCAUCGUAAUCUUGACGAAGCAUUAAUUUAAGCUUUAGGAAUCGUUGCAUAGAAGUUUCUGUUGA